AGUUUGUCUGCAAAGUUUCCUCCACUCGCCGGAAGCUGCGCUUAUUUAAAAAAAAAAUGGAGGAAAGUGAGAGGGAAGUAAUAAGUGAAAUCAGUUGUGAUCAUAAAGUAAGUUUAACCGCAUAUAAGCAGCAGGACACCGGCGGAAAAGAUGGUGCAGAUACGGACAAGAAGCUGGACAUUAGUUCAGAUCAGUUUGAUCCGCUACUUGCCUUGUAUUCUUCAGACGUUCCUCUGCCUUACCCGAACAUCAGGUGCUUUAACAACCUCGCGGAGUAUGAGAGCUUUAUGAAAGGCGGGCGUGGAAGGGCGAAACCUGAAAAUGUGGAGAAAAGGAUCCGGAAAGCGAAAAGGGGAGUCGCGGAUCCUGAGAGAAUUGAGAGGCUGAAAAAACUCAUGGUGAAAAAUCCGUGUGGAGGAGAGGAAGGAGAGAGCGGAGUGAAGAGACCUGCUAAACACAGAGCUCCAAAGAAUGUGCUCACCAGGAUGCCGUUGCACGAGGGCAGUCCUUUAGGAGAACUGAACCGCUGCGUCCAGCAGCGACUCCGAGUUAAAGUCCACAUCCGGUCGUUUAAGGGUCUGCGCGGAGUGUGUACCGGCUUCCUAGUGGCUUUCGACAAAUUCUGGAACUUGGCCAUGGUGGAUGUGGAUGAAACUUACAGGGAGCCUUUACUUGGAGAGGCAUUCUACCAUGAAAAAGCACUGACUGUUACAAGGCUGUUUCAGAAGUUGCAAGUUCAGGCUGCAUCCGGGAAAGCAGCAGAGGCUGAGACUUCAAAAGCAGACGAGCCAAGUGCUGAACCACACGUCACCACAAGCAGCAUGCUGGGGGUUCGAGCAUCCCGACAAGCAGCGGAGAGACUGGCGCGAUCCGUGAACGUGCUGGCAGUGACUAGCACAGACGUGCCUCAUAUAUCUGCUGCUGGUUCAGAGCAGAGACAGAAGAUGUCUAAGCCAAGAGUGGAGUACGGACGAGUGCGUACUCGUCACGUCAAUCAGCUUUUUAUCCGCGGAGAAAACGUUCUCCUUGUGAAUAUUCAGCAAGAGUAGCAGCAUGGUAUUAACUGCUUAUUGGAACAGGCACUGUUUCUGAUUCUGAGAGCACAUUUAAGGACAGGCACCGAGUCUUCUUGUUGUAUCAUAUUGAUAUGAAUAUAAUCCCGCUUGAAGAAGUGGAGAAAAUAAAAGCAAACGUCUUUGGAAUAAUCUGUUUAGGUGCUCAUCACUUAUGGAUGCUCAGAGGUGGGUCGAGUAGCCAAACAUUUUACUCAAGUACAAACCACUCAUAAAAAUAAUGACUCAAGUAACAGUAAAGGUAAUGAUGUUAAUAAUUACUUGAGUAAGAGUAAUAAAGUAUCCAAUGAGAAGACUAUUCAAGUAGCACUCAAUAUAAACGUAAGUAGCAAGUUACUAGUUACUUCGGAUCUGAUCGAAAUCCUGAAUCUUGGACUACAUGGAGAGCUUUAAGUCACGCCUCUCCUUGAAAGUCUGUCUGUUCUGUUUAUAUGAUAUAAAACCUGGGUUCAAGCUGAAGCAGCAUAUCUCAGUCCUGUGAUGGAUACAAUUACACACAGCCUGUCAUUUUCAACACACAACCUCUCACACGCACACUGCAAAAAACAAACAGGUGAAUGUCUUUAUAUGUCCUGUCUCCUUCUUCCCCCACUUUGGCCAUUAUCUCAUUAUUCAGGUCUGAGCCACUAUAAAACUGAGCGGCUGUUGUGUCCACAUUCAGACCACUGCAGCGUAUCUCUCGACUCAUGACCUCAUUAUAUAUGACAAACUAAUUAUUAAAACUAUAUAUUAAUGAAUAUUUAACAGUAAUGGAGGAAUGCCACUGAAUGAAGUGAAGUAAAAGUACAUUUCUGUGAUUAAAAAUGAACUUGAGUAAGAGUAUAAGUAUGGCCAGUUAAACCUACUCUUAAAAGUAAUUUUUUUUCCUUCAAAAGUUACUCAAGUAAAUGUAAAGAAGUAAAUGUUCCUCACCUCUGCUGAAGCUUAACAGACAUCCACUAGAUGGAGGUGUGACACCAGUAUGACAGGCUCCGUGCACAACUACCGCUAUCUGCUUAGAAGUGUUCAAUAUUAUUGAUACUUUUGCUAUUGGCUCACUGCAUCCAACAUCUGCCAAAAGACAAGCAAAUCUUUAAUUAUACUUCGCUAAUGUCUCUAGCUCAAUUAUCUUUUAAAUACUUUUUAGAAACAUUUUAACAAAAAAAAUCCUUUAUUAGUUUAAUAAUAAUGUGAUAAGAGCAACACUGAAUAACUAAAAGUCCCAUCAGCACCCAUUUUCAUUUCACCUUCACUUCAGAGUAACAUAAUUGUGAAAGAGGCAAAGAAAGAGGACAGUCCUGUAGUUUUAUGUUCUCAUGUCAGUUAGAAAUAACACACCAGUCUCAGUGGAGUUCAUAAAGCACAUUGUGAAUAAUUGAGCUUUUAAAGUUGGAAAUUGAACAUGGCACUCAGGUUGUUACUGUCCUGACAUUUUUGAUUGUGAUUACUCUUUAUGCAUACAUAAGCCAUAAAUACACUACUUACUGCAGCCCAUUGAACUUUUAAAGAACCAUUUCCUCUUGAUUUCUAAUUUUAAUCUAAAUGUGUCCUGGCAAAAUAAAUAAAUAAAAAUAAAAAAUUGCAAAUGCAUACAUGCAAAGUGCAUUUUAGUCUACUAGGGAAGCUAGGUGAUGAUCGGUCCUAUUUUGGUGAAGCACUAAAGUAUUUCACAUAAAGGCUAUUUCUGUUUUUUUUCCCCCAUGUUGAUGAAAUUGCAAUAUUUUACACCUUCAGUUUGUACAUUUGAAUCACACAAGAACCCACAGAUGAUGGAGAUUUUGUAGGUUAAACCCUAACAUUGCACUUACCCAGAGUUUCCAUAUAAUCAGAUUUUACAGCAAAUCUCCCAGGACAUUUUUUUCCUCCAGAUGUUUGCACCUGACAGACCAUUUAAUUAAAAAGUUCAGAAUGAACUCAGCUGUAAGUAAAGCAGUAAAAUGAACCUAAUGAGCUUUAUAUCCAGGUUUCACAAAGCUUCCUAGGAAACUGUUCAUUGCUCUCCUUAGCUUUUCUGCCCAGCCAGCUUACAACUGUUUAUUAUUCCUAAGUGGCUCAGUUUUGUGCAUAUUGAUGAUGUGGCCAGUUGGCCUUGGCUGUGGGAACACAUGUGGCCAGAUGGAGGCUCUCCUGCACUGCCACUCACUCUCUUACCACCACAAGUCAAAGUCGUGCACAGCAUCAACAUUUAUAAAUAUUACAGCUAAACACAACCAUAGCCCAGUGUCUCAAUUUUGGUGCACUUUAUAAUUAUUAAAAAAAAAACAACAAAAAAAACACAAACAUAAAAAAAAGGCAGUUUCGAUAGAGCAAGACUACGAGUGUGAAAGUUAACCACAAAAAUUAAAAUACGUUAUCGUUUGUCAGCUGAAUAAACUUUUAAAUAAGUUUAAAUAAAUUUGAUGGCAAAGGUUUAAAAAAAAAAUAAGAGGAAUGUUACAGCAGUAUAGCUUAGGGCUGGGCGAUGACAAAAUCAUAUCACGAUACUUGAGGACAUUUCCAUGACACACGAUGCAGAUUACAAUACAUAAUUUAGCUAGACCGUCUAAAAAACAGUAGUAAAAUAAAUGAAAACUAUUAAACUGAUGGACGAUACUUUUCUUGAAUGCCUACAAAGACAAAGAUCACGUUUUAAACAAUGAUGUCAAAUCAAUGACAUCCAUUCAGUACCAUUAAAUUUUUUAAUCAUAAAUUAUUUAUUUAUUUAAAAUGUACAGCACCAUACUAACGAUCUCAGGAAAAAUGUAUCGCAUAAUUUAUCACGAUAUCGAUAUUAUAUCAAUAUAUCGCCCAGACCUAGUAUAACUUCAUCAUGGAAUUAUAGUUACAGGAAUUAAAAGGUAAUUAUCUUAAUUACAGAAAAAAAUGUUAAAUGUUAUGCUUUAAUGCAGUGAAGUGGAAAAACACAAAACUCCAAAAUCCAGAUGAAAAUCAACUGUUUAAUCUCUGAUACAAAAGACUAUCAUAGGUACAAUCAAAUCAGUGUAUGAAUGUGAGGACAUACACUUAGAAGAAGGAAGUUUUGUUGGUUGUUUGAGAUUUGCAUACAAAGUAUAGUGUUUUCCAGUAAAGAUCCAUAGCCCAUAUACAUGAUUCCCCAAUCUUACACAUACACCCUACCAAAAAAAAAAAAAAAAUAAUAAAAAAAUAAAAAUAAACAAUCCCUUGGAAAACAUACGACAGAAGGCAGAAUUUGGUCAUUUGUGUGCGUGUGCUGCUUCUGAAUGGGAGGAAAGGCAGUUUGAGUCCCUGCUCCUGGCAAUACAGAGAUGGUCUUAAAGAUACAACAUUCCACUCGGUGAGCAGAACAGCACAGUGAACCUCACUCAUCUCCGUAUACAGCCUCACCCAACUCACUCAUCAUGAUCUGACUUGCAUAAAGAAACGACACUCAUCAGG